AUGUGCGGCGUCAUGGAGAUGGAGGGGAAGACGAAGCAAGGCCGUACGGCAGCGGCGGAGGAGGACAGCAUGGGCAUGCCAUCCAUCGAGGCGCUGGCAAUGGCCGGCUUCCGGUCCCACGGCCACGAUGUCGACGACAGCAUGCCGCCGGAGCAUCUGCGCGCCUUCGAGGCGUACCUAGAGAAGGUGGUGCCCGUGGACAUGAUCAUGGCGUCGCGGCGGGUGGAGGACGCGCGUCUCCGGCGCGGCGGGAAACCAAGGAGCCACGACGACGACAUGAAGGAGAAGCUCAAGCUGUGGGUGAAGGCAGUGGUCAAGAAGACGAUGGAAAGGAGAUGA